UACUUGAAGAUACUGGGCGUCUGUCUCCACUCCAUCAAGCGCGUGCAAACGAUACGCUACUAAUCAGUAAAAUCCACUACAAGAGCGGAAACGUUUAUUAUAUUUAGAUGGAUCUCACAAAUAAAAUCGAGUGGCAUUAUUGAAUGUAUUUAAUAAUACUAGAAUACUACUAGAAUUUUUAUGUGCAAGAUGGAACUGUAAAUAUUAUUUGUUUUAUCAGUGAGUUCUAGCCACUACAAUAUUAUUUAAAACCAGCAAGACAGUUGCAUUAUUAACUGCUUGAGAAUUUUCCCUGAGCAUAAACACUUCUUGAUCUUUUUUUCUUUACCCAGAUUUGAUUGAGAUUACAUCGGAAGUUAUCAAUGGAUUUCUAUAAUGUGUCGGUUUUGUAUGAUAACACCUCGCCGGUUGCAGGGAACUCAUCUGAAGCUUCAACAGGUGGGGGUCAUGAUGCCUACUACAACAACGCCAUCUUGCCCACCAUAUUUGGCAUCAUCUGUUUCCUGGGCAUUAUGGGUAACUGCAUGGUCAUCUACACCAUCCUGAAGAAGACCAAGUGCCGCGCCAAGCAGACCGUCCCCGACAUCUUCAUCUUCAAUCUGUCCAUCGUCGAUCUCCUCUUCCUCGUCGGUAUGCCCUUUCUCAUCCACCAGUUGAUGGGCAACGGCUCGUGGUGCUUUGGCGCCACUAUGUGCACAGUCAUCACCGCGCUGGACUCCAACAGCCAGAUCGUGAGCACCUACAUCCUCACAGUCAUGACUUUGGACCGCUACCUGGCCACUGUCCACCCUAUCCGCUUCAACUACGUUCGGACGCCGUGCGUGGCAACCUCGGUUAUCAUUCUAGUAUGGACGCUGUCUUUGCUGACCAUCAUCCCUGUGUGGAUGUACGCGGGCCUCAUGCCUCUGCCUGGUGACCUGGUGGGCUGUGCCCUGCUACUUCCCGAUCCGUCUACCAACAUCUACUGGUUCACACUCUACCAGUUUGUCCUGGCUUUCGCUCUGCCUCUCCUCAUCAUCUGUGUGGUCUUUUUCAAGAUCCUCAAGCACAUGGCCACCAGCGUGGCCCCCUUGCCCCCCAGGAGCCUGAGGGUGCGCACCAAGAAAGUAACCCGUAUGGCGGUGGCCAUCUGCCUGGCUUUCUUCAUCUGCUGGGCCCCUUACUACAUCCUCCAGCUGGUUCACGUUGGAGUCCAGAACCCCAGCCCAGCCUUCUCCUACGCCUACAACAUAGCCAUUAGCAUGGGCUACAUUAACAGCUGCAUCAAUCCAUUCCUCUACAUUGUGUUGAGUGACACCUUCAAGAGGCAGCUCAUCGUGGCCAUGCGGCCGGUCCACAGGAAGUUCCGGGUCAACCCCACCAGCACCACGGAGGGUAGUGUUAGUCUGAGAUUGACCACUGACAGACCCCAGCAGGAUCAGAGCUUCAGGGAGCUGCUGCCUGCCAAUAUGGCCGACCACUGAGGCCUGUUGCAUGACAAUUUUAGUUUUGUUGAACCUUUAUUGAACAAGACCUCUUUACCCAGGGAGACCUGGUGUGGCCUGGUAUAGAAAGAACUGUGUAUGUCAUCACUGAAUUUGAAUACUGUACAGGCAGGACCAGUGUAUUGAAUCAAUAUAUGGACCCGUGUACAGGGUAGGGUUGCAAACAUCAUGUAACUUUCCCCAAAUCCCCUGGUUUUCCAGAAAUCCGGUUGAGAGAUUCCCUGAAUCAGGAAGUAAUAAGCAGGAAAUCCAAAAUCCUCCAACCAGGAUAUCUAUAAAACCUUGGAACUUUGGGAAAGUUGGUGGAUUUUUGCAUCCCUAGUUUUUGCAACACUAGUACAGUCCGAGACAUUUUAUUGGAUCACUAUAUGGGAUCAAUGAUGUAUGUCUACAUGGGAAGAGUUAAUGGAUCGAUCAGAAUAGAAGAAGAAGAACAGAAGAAUACUAUCAUUCAAUGUGUGUGGCAUCAGUGAGUAGGAUCAGGCUGAGCCUGAGAGGAGAUGUUUAACAUUGUCAGGAUGAGAUUAUUAAGUACCGGCCAACACAUGGUACUCAGUACAAUAAGCAUAGGUACUGAAACAUAAGGAUAUAAAAAAAAGGAUUUGCUAAUGAUAUCCAGUGGAUAAUGUAAACGUGUGAGAGUCAAGAUGAUUAGCUACAUGUACGAAUCAAUGAAUAAAUACAUACCCAGUCAUAAAUUACCCGCAUGAGUAUGACUAGUUUGAUAUUGUAUCAGGCAUUCUAUUCCAAUUCUUCAGGGAAGGCAGGUUUUACCACAAUCCCUUACUGUAGUUUUGGUUUGGCAUUCUUGCUAAUGUAUGUUAAAUUUCAUUUCAAUGUACAAUGUUCACAUACCACUUAUAUUGUACAGUAUGUUCAGUACUUAGUACCUACACUGCAAUUGUACCAUAAAUACAUGUUUCAGCUUCACUGAAAGCUGCGUAGUACUUUUUAUCCAUACAUUUGUACAUUGUCUAAGAAGUCAUCAUGUAUGACCAUUCGAUGUGGAUGUUGUGUAAAUAUAUAUGUUUAUAUUAAUAUAUAUACUGUAUGUUUUGGUCUAAUUGUAUUUGUAUAUACAGAAUGAGUUUUUUUCAUUUAUUCGUAUUUUAAUGUCAAGUUAAAAUAAAUAUGGUUCAAACUCACGCUUCUCAUCACGGUAUAGAGACAGGCAAUACCAACUAUAAUUUGAUGCAUGACCAGUGCAAUCCUCAUAUUAAUCAUACAUUUGCUUAAUUAAUUAUGCAAUGGCAAUGAAAUUAAGCAUCGCGGAUUCUCCCAUCUGAAUUUCUUUGAUAAAUUGUUAGUCUUUGUUUAGCUUUGACACUUCAAAUCUCACUUUGAAUCUUAAUCUGAUUCCUCUCCCUUUUUAAGAUUUGUCUUUUUUGAAGCGAAAGUUGGAGAUAUACACAUUAGGAACACCUUCCUAAUAUGGAGCCUCAAUUGGUUGGGGCACGGACUCUACAAGGUGUUCAAAGCGUUCCACGAGGAUGCUGGCCCAUGUUGACUCCAAUGCUUCCCACAGUUGUGUCAAGUUGGCUGGAUGUCCUUUGGGUGGUGGACCAUUCUUGACACACAUGGGAAACUGUUGAGUGGGAACAAUUUAAUAAUUCAUCAAUAAGGGAUCAUAGCUUUCACCUGGAAUCAUUUGGUCAGUCUAUGUCAUGGAAAGAGCAGGUGUCCUUAAUGUUUUGUAAACUCAGUACUUUUAUAAAAUGCAUUUAUUAAAGCAGAAAAUGGGUGACAAAACAGGCAGUCCAUGGUAUUGUAUUGGAAAAACAUGUCACAUUGAACUGUAACUUACAGAAUAUUUUUCAAAGAUCAUCACUUUAGAGAAGUCUGAUGUAUAGCCGAUUGUGAAAGACUCAGCAUCUGUACCGUUCUUGGUACAAAACUUGUUUUGUCGAAAAUAUCAAUAGAUCUUUUCAAAGUGAACAAUUACUUUGAGCUCAAAGGUGACAUUAUUUCACUGUAAAUUAUUUUGUGCUUCAAGAGUAAAAGUGGUUGUAUUGAAAGUGUAUUGAAUCCACAAGAUGUUUGGGUCAAUCUUUCGUAUGUCAAAGUUAAUUAAAGUAUGUCAAACUUGA